AUGGCGGUCCAUCCGACUCUCAAUGCCAGCCCAGCAGCUGGAUCAGCGGCAGCAGCGUCGAACGCUCUCACGCCGCAACAGGUCUACGCAAUCUCAAGUUGGUCGGAGCAAGCGAUCGAGAGCCUCACCCUUGAGUCUUCGCCGAUUCCCUAUCGCAAUUCCGCACCCUUGACCAUCCCGCUGGAUGACGAUGUGCAGCAGCCGGCCUCGCCUACUCCUGCACGGCUGAGACGCAGCGUCCGCGUUGCUGAGGGUGCCACGGCCACGGGCACUGCCGCUACCACUGCUACUGCUGGGCCAUCGACGUACAGGCGCAGAGAGCCAUUGCGCCGUGACAGUCUGAAGCGUCGUGAGUCGUUGCUCAAGGGCAAGGAAGGGAGUCGACGACGACAGCGCUGGGAGAACGAUCGUCUACUGAGCAAUCCGUGGGCUCAGCCUCCAUCCGCAAACGACUGGGAAAUUCAGCCAACGUAUCCUCGUCAUAACCCGGUGCCAUACUAUCUCGCCUCCCUCUGGGACUCCCAUCAAGCCGCAAAGGAACAAGCCCGUCGCAGGUCGAAGAGAGAGCAAAGCACAUCCGAGAAGAGGACAAAGAAGAAACAGAAAGACGGAAGUGCUAAGGCUGCUCACGCCAACGCAGAGCUCGAUAAGAUAUCCAAGGAGCUGCGGGCUAAGCUGAAGCAUGCUCGUGCUGCCCGAGGACUAGUCCAGGAGCUAGAAGAGGAAAUCCGGCUGUUUAUGCAGGAAUGGAUUGAGACGCAGACGUGGCGUCAGGCAAGAGAGCCUGAGAGUGAAUGCUGUAGCGAUGACAGCUCGGGUGAAGAGGAUGAGGUCGUUUUCGUCGGCCGCAAGAUGAAUCCGUCCAAUAGCAAACAGCGACGGCCGUCUCGAGCGCUGUCUGGCGAGAAGAUGGUCUUUGAAAGUCCUGUCGAAGAUCGAGCUGCUGGUUUCGGGCGAUGGCUUGUUCACUCUUUGGCAUCAUACUACGGCCUUCGAACCUGGUCUGUCACCGUCGGCAACCCUCCUCGUCGUGAAGCGUAUGUGGGAAUCGACGAGCUUUCAGAGGAACUUCUGGCUGCUGCUUGCCGGGGACUCCCAGACAGCAAACCUGAUGGAAUUCUUCCCCGGCCUCUCUGGGUAUCGAUGUAG